AUGUCCGGCAAACUUUCAACCUCCGUCGACUCGAACGUCGACGCUAACGAUACCUCGAGUCUUAAGGUCUCCGGUAUCGUUCAACUCAAGUCCCAAGGCUCCGAAUCCAACUACUUGGAUUGGAGUUUCGUGGUGCUCUUGCACCUUCAAUCGCUUAACCUCGCCUAUGUACUGAACACCGUCGCCGUGGAAGAUCGAACGGCGGCUUACCUCCGUGAUAGUGUCGCGGUCUCGUCAUUCAUCGCUCGGACAAUUCAUCCGUCCAACCUUCGCUUCAUCCGAGCCCAUGGUUCCGACGCCGCCGCCAUGUGGUCCUCGUUGUCCGAGGCGCAUCAAGACUUUUCGUCCGGUGGACGAAUGCACUGGCUCCGCAAGUUAGUUGUCUCUCGCCUAGUGGGAGACGACAUCGAAGCGCACAUCGAGUCGAUGGCGGUCUGUGCCGAGCGUCUCAACUCGCUCGUGACGGUCGACAAACCCUUGACGCCCGACGACAUCUACUCCACCGCUCUCCUUACGUCCCUCACCGACGACUGGUUACCCUCACUCCCACUUCCCCAAAAUGAAUAUCAAAGCUUUUGA